CGGAAGUCCCGCCCCAUACCAAUGAGGUCAGAGCCUGUUUUUGCUUAGUGUAGACUCAGAAAGAAUACACAAUACAUCUAUAUUGAAACAAAAGUGAUUCGAAACGUUUUACAUCCGAACUAAAUACCAUGUCAGAUACGGUAUACUACGUGACGUGUGUUCGUGAAUAUUAAAAUAUAAGUGAAACCGCAGAUGUAAUAGAUUUGGAUGGAAUUAGAUAAAUUGAGAUGUUAUAGCAUUUUAAAAACGGCGAAACGGAGAUUAGGACCGGAUGAGGAGUUCCUCCGUGUCCAAACUGGAGAUGCAGAUAGGAGGCAAAAACAGGCCGGAUCCCCCGUUUGGAGGCAGCAGGGCUGAGGAGACAAAACCAUCAAGCCAGGAUGCGGGGGACAGAAAGGAUGGGGAGUACAUCAAGCUGAAGGUGAUUGGUCAGGAUAACAGCGAAAUUCACUUCAAGGUGAAGAUGACGACGCACCUGAAGAAGUUAAAGGAAUCAUACAGCCAGAGACAGGGUGUUCCCAUGAAUUCUCUAAGGUUUUUAUUCGAAGGACAGAGAAUUGCAGACAACCAAACCCCAAAAGAGCUGGGAAUGGAGGACGAGGAUGUCAUUGAAGUGUAUCAGGAACAGACUGGUGGACUCUGCAAUAUCUAGGCUUUCGAUAUUUCCUCCCUCUUUUUGUUUUUUUUUUAAUAUAUUUUUUUGUUGUCGUUGUUGCUUUUUUGUGACCCUCUUGCUAGAAAGCGGCUGAAAGCAUCCAACUUCAAAUCAACUUGGUUCCUGCGAGCAGAUGCCCGUGUGGAGGUGUCGAACAAACACCAGGAAGUUCUGAAUUCCCCUCUAGUGCUCUCUCUCUCUCUCUCUCCUGCUCUCUCUCUCUCUUUCUGUCUUGCUCUCUCACUCGCUCUCACUCGCUCUCUCUCCCUCCUUCCCCUUCCUUCCCCCAGAAUACAGUAUACUGAAAACAAAAGUGGCCAACGGUUUGCUAGGAGACACAUCGGCAGCAAAGUACGGGGAUGUUAUUCCUUGAAAGGGGGGAAUCAGAUCGUCUCCCGCUGGGUCACUGCUGCGUUCUAAGAUGUCCAGAAUGGCUGAUGAGCUGAGCUCCGGCCCCAGACUGUGAUUCAGGGGAAGCUCCCCCACACUAAAAUGGCAAAGACCCUCUUCAGACCAAUCCAGCAUCUUAGCAUCUCGUUCAGGAAGGACACAGCACAGGUCUGUAAUGCCACUUCCUGCGGGGAACCCCUCCAUCCUUCAUUAUACAAGCUGUGCUUCACACAUUCCCAUUAUUGAACAGCUCCCCUCCAGUCCGAUUUAAAACCUUUGAUCACAGAAUGAGUUUCCCUGCUAUAUGGGAAUAUGACUGAACAUAUGCGAUCUUGCAAAUGUGUAGAGAAGGUAAAUUGAGUAAAAUGAAGGCAAAAAGCUAAAUUACUGUCCCAGUAAAUAUUUUUAGGAAAAUGUUUAUAUUUAUACUGGUACACUAUCCCCAAGUUCAUUACUUAGCAAACUUAAUUUUCUUGAAGGAGCGACUUACAUCCCAUAUUAUGUGUUUGUAAUACGGUUCAUACACACUUGGCUCUGUUUAAUUAAAGGACUUGACUCAUCUCUCUGCUUCCGGUCUUCUGAGAUAAUCGACGUUGUGCUGGAAAUCCUCUUUUUGCUGUACCGAGUCAGGGACGGCAGCACCCCACUGUCUUAGCAUAUAUCGCCUUGCCGACGUGCCGGUGAUGGUGCACAGUGAUGAUGUCAUUGUACACAACUUCUCUUGCAGUGAGGAGGAGUUUCUCUGGAUGGCUUGAGGCUGUAUAACAGCUUUUUUUUGUUUAAUUUUAUUUGUUUUUCCAAUAAAACAUGGUACAAAAAAGGUC